AUGGAUGACGAUGGGCUGAUGCUGAAUUUUGCGACGGAGUCGCCUGCCUCCAGCACCCCCAAAAGGGCUUCCAAAGUGACUGGAGGACGUUGGAAAGACCGUCGAAGAGCCCAGCUCACUUUGGAAGGUCGCCAGAAGAAGAGAGCCGCUUAUGGCGCCAACUCGAUUGAAGUCGACCCUGAAAAACGUCAGGAAAGAGAGCAGAAGGCCAGAUUGCAUCGUGAAACCGACCGGGAGCAAAGACCGCGCAAAAGAAGAUCCGAGGAAGACGUGGAGAGCCAAGCAUCACGCAAGGUGCGAUUCCAGGAGAAAGCCGGUGAAUUUGGUGGAAAAAACAAUUCGUAUGUCUCAUCGUUGUUCACAUCUGCACCCGAGAUUGAAAAGAGAGAGUACAAAGAGAAAACCGAGACUCAGGCACCAUCCAAUGCGCCAUUGGCGGACUCCACAGACUUCCCUGGUUUGGGAGUGGAGGAGCAUUUGGCACAGCAUUUGACAGAGCAUCUGAAGUUCCAACAUCCUACCAAGAUCCAGAGAUCGGUGAUUCCAAGACUUUUGACAAGAGACAGAGAUCUUUUCGUUCAAGCCCAAACUGGUUCUGGUAAAACGUUGGCAUUUGCACUGCCUAUCUUUCAAAAGCUUCAGGAGAUUAAGGAUCUGAAUAGAUCUACGGGAGUUUUUGCUUUAAUUCUCACCCCCACCCGUGAAUUGGCCAAUCAGAUCUACUCUGUGCUGGAAAGUCUCACCAGAUGUUGCCAUAGGAUUGUCCCUGGUAUCGUCAUAGGAGGAGAGAAGAAGAAGGGAGAAAAGGCCAGACUCAGAAAGGGAGUGAAUAUCCUAGUAGCCACUCCCGGCAGAUUGGCUGAUCACAUUGAGAACACCGAGAUCCUGGAUUUGUCUAACAUCAGAUACCUUGUUCUGGACGAAGGAGACAGGCUGAUGGACUUGGGAUUUGAAGAGACCAUUGCCAAAAUUCUGGACCGUAUCUCCAAGACGUCCAGAAUUGAAACAACCACCAGAUUAUACCCUCAGCUGCCUCGCAAGCGUAUCAAUGUUCUUUGCUCUGCUACAAUAAAGGGAAACGCCAAAAAGCUUGGUGACAUCUCUCUGGACGAUGCGGAGCUGGUUAAUGUCCAAUCGGUUUCUGACGUCCCCAUGGAGGACGAAGAGUACAGUGCUCCAGACCAGCUGGUUCAACAGGUACUGGUCGUUCCUGCGAAAUUGCGCUUGGUAACUCUUUAUGCGACUUUGAAGAAUAUCGUUUCUUCCUCUGCGGCUGGAUCACGUACGGUGGUGUUUUUCUCGUGCUCUGACUCAGUCAACUAUCAUUUCACAACUUUGACGAGAAAGGGAAAGAAGAUUGUGAGCAAGAAGGCCAAACCCAAAAAGGAUGAGAACGAAGAGGGAGAGAUUGAUGAAAAUGAAGCCGAAAAAGACCAUGAUGAUGACGCAGAAGAUGAUCCAAACACCUACGGAAUGGGCAGCACAUAUCAGGAAGACGAUGAUGAGUUCGAAAAUCUCAACACGAUGAUGACUGCACCAACUCUGGGCCCAAAAACUUCCAUCUUUAAACUCCAUGGUAGCUUGACCCAGCAAGUACGUACUUCGACUCUGAGUGCAUUUUCCAAGACUCCGCAAACCGAACACAGCAUUCUGAUAUGUACGGAUGUGGCUUCCAGAGGUCUGGAUCUUCCACACAUUUCUACAGUUGUUGAGUAUGAUCCUCCAUUUUCUAUCGAGGACCAUCUUCAUCGUGUUGGUCGUACUGCAAGAGCCGGUGAAGCAGGAACAUCAGUGCUGUUUUUGCUUCCUGGGUCAGAGGAGAACUACUCUAAGAACAUUGCCAGCUUGCAUAUCAGCGGAGGUUUGCAGUACAAACCGUAUGAAAGUGCUCUGAAACAGGCUUUUGGUAAGAAGGGAGCAUGGGAUGUUGAGGCUACUACCUACCAUCUGGAUGUUGAAAGACAUCAGCUUGAAGACCAAGCCGCACAUGAGUUGGCGACCCAGGCCUUCGUGAGCCAUAUUAGAGCAUAUGCCACUCAUUUGUCCUCAGAGAGGGACAUUUUCAAUGUGAAGACACUUCAUCUAGGACAUUUGGCAAAGAGUUUCGGUCUUCGUGAGACUCCAAAGCAAUUGGGACGUACUGGAGGUUCUGGUAACGGUGCCCCUAAGAAGCAGAAGGUGAACAUGAAGAAGCAGCUACUGAGAGCAGCAGGAAUGGCCGUAAAACAUCAGAGCAGUGAGUUUAAUUUUAUGUGA